CAGAGAAUCGUCUGGAAUAUAUUUUUUGAAGAUGCCCUACUUUCCAAGUGGGGCCCACCAAACAACUCCAACAAAUCAUCCUAGGGGUAUUUACAGUCAGUAAUCCAUAAAAGAGAGCAGAGCUUUGUUUGCUUGAAUAAUAUCGUCAAUGGUUUCUUCCUGAUUUGAUUUUGAUUUCUUCAGAAAAAAUCGUCAAUGCUUGGAGUAUUGUGUGCACGGCCUAAGUCUUGGAUUGUAGCGGCGCUAUCAAACGCCCAUAGUGGAAUUCAUUAUCGAAUCGCUACAAAUCCAGUUUCAUUUCUUCAAUUACCGGUUGUAGAUCGAUACAAACGUGUUCAUUCAAGCGCAUGUAAACUCAACGGCGGCGCUGCCGCUGUUGGUGGUGCUAGUUGUGUUAGCGGUUCGAGUAGUAUUGGUGCUGCAUCGAUAUGGCAUGGAAUCUUACCAUCAAAUGGGGAUUGUAAAAAUCAACCAAUAUUGUCGUUUCAUUAUGAACAUAAAGGGGAAGGAUCUUGGAAUGUUUCAUCGGAUGUGAGACCGGCUAGAUGGUUACAUGGUUCAGAUUCGGCUUGGUUGUUGUUUGGUGUUUGUGAUUGUUUAGCUCCGAUUGGGUUUUGUGAUGGGAAUCAUGAUUUGAUUACUACUACUAGUAGUAUUACUCCCGUUGCUACUGAUUGUUCUACAUCUGCUGUGAAGGAAGAGACUUCGAAGAAGAAGAAAAAGAGUAGUAAAGUUGUUGCUGAGGCGGUUAAGAAGAUUAAUACCGAAGCUAAUGAUAAGGGGUCUGUUGAUUACAGAAUCACAGGAGUUCUUGCUGAUGGCAGAUGCUUGUUCAGAGCCUUGGCACAUGGGGUUUGCUUGAGAAGUGGCCAAAAAGCUCCAGAUAUGAAUCGUGAAGGUGAACUCGCUGAUGACUUAAGAGCUCAAGUUAUGGAUGAGCUGUUAAGGAGGCGAAAUGAAUUUGACCAAUGGGACCUUGGUGAUUUUGAUGAUUAUGUGAAGCGUAUGAGGGAUCCUACUGAAUGGGGUGGAGAGCCCGAGUUACUCAUGGCUUCACAUGUUCUUCGGACGCCGAUUUCAGUCUUUCUAAUUGAAAGAAGCUCAGGUGAUUUGAAAAACAUAACAAACUAUGGUCAAGAGUAUGAAAAGAAUAACAAGCCUAUUAAGGUGUUGUUUCAUCAUCACUAUGGUCACUACGAUCUGUUAGAAACCUUUUCGGACAAAAGUUAUCAGAAAAUUGAAAGUUAGAACUGAUUACUAAGAAACGAAACAAGAAAAGCUUUUCCUUUUAGGUUAGAGAUUCAGAUUUUUGUAGGAUUUACUUUUGAUUGAGUUCUCUUAAGAUCAUUUAAGUAUUUGAAAUAAUCUCAUUUGUUGUACUUACUAGAGAAAUUCAAGGGCGCGUUCCCUCUUCUAUAGAUACUCAGAUUCUCUUGUUGCAAUUCUAGUUGCAAUUAUGUUGAAUCUAGCCAAUAGAAUAAAAAUGAAAUUUUUUCCGAGUUUACAAUACUAGAAUUCAUUUUAUUCAUAA